AUGAAUAUGGCAGAGGUACAGAAUUUGCGAAAACUUGGGAACGAGCUCAAAAAUCGGGAUCAUGGAAUUGACGCAUGGUUUCAACGACUAAGUCAAACACUGAAUAAGGAUCGAGCAGAUUCCAAAGAUGAACAACGUUAUGCUGCUCGAAAAAUUACACAACAUUUUUAUGCUGAAAAACCAACGUUCGAAUUAGUUGAAAAAUACUCAAAUGUUAUUGCUGAAUUACUUUUGUCUUUACCGACAUCCAUUCAACAUGAUGAGGUUGACUUUUUAUCUCAGAUAUUAUCGAUUAUUAAAGAUAUACUCGAAUGUGAUAAAAAAACGCGUCGACCAUUAGUAAAAGAAUUGCUGAAAAAUGAUGCAUGUAGCUUUUUACUUCAUAUAAUACGCUCAGUAUCUGAUGAUCGAUAUUUUGGACCUGAUAUUUCCAUAACGAUUCAUUAUAUAUUAUCAACAAUUGGACGCCAUGCAACAACGGCUGCCACAAUUUGUCGAUCCGGAGGACUACAACCGUUAUUACGACUUGCUUUAACGUUAGAUCGUCGAUAUAUAAAAUUACAAAAGAUGGCAAUUACCGUUGUACGAAUAUUAACGCAGACAAAACGAGUGGCCGCACGAGUAACAUCAACGACAAUUGUUCGCGAUAUACUCGCUGUGGUGUUUCUAAUGGAUAAAGGUCAAAGUAGAAUUCGGACAAUUAAAACUAAAGAAUGUUUGUUGAAAGUAAUGUUUAAUUUGGUCAAAUCAAAAAAUGGACGUUUACAAUUCUUAGAAGCCAAUGGCUUUUAUUUGUUAUAUGAAUUGACGAUGAACGUUUUAACCAACGACAAUUAUUGUACAUUCUUAGAUUUGGCAUGUCAAGUGAUGUUACGUUGUUGUCCCAAACAAAAUCUUCCAAUUGAAUCGACGUUUAGUCCCAUUAAAUAUCAAUUACCACCCGGAUUUGAAUAUAUCGUUUUCAAUGAAAUGUUAAUUGCAGAUCCAAAAGUAAUGAAAGAUUUAGAUGAUAUGAGAGGAAAAUGUAAAUCAGCAUUGUCCAGCAAUGAACAACAGCAACAACAACAAAAAUUUCGACCAAAAUCUUCUAUGACACUUUCCACGCCGGCAACACCUCCAGUAAAAUCAUUACGUCCAAAAUCUUCAAAAGGACGCUUGAAACAAGACGAAGUGAUAAAAAUUCCAGAAGACGAUUUAAAUGAUAUGGAUGAAGAUGAUGAGUUUUGUGAAAGCGAUGAUGAUGAACAAAGCGAUGAUGAAAAUAAGAAUAAUGAUGAAGAUAGCGGAGAUGACGAAGAACGAGAACAAAAAGAAGAUUUAUCAGAACUAAAAGAAACAUUAAGCUCUUCUACUUUAAACAAUAAUGACACAAAUAGGCGUGAUCCAGAUGAAUUAGCAAUGUGUUAUGAACAGUUUUUUGAUGAGAUGGUGGAUCCUAUUUCUAAACUUCGUACAAAAAUGGCACAACCAAUUAUUGAUUCACGUACAAAUAUAUUAUUAUUGAAUUUAAUUCAAACAAAUCAAAUGGAAGAGUUACCGAGAGAAGUUCAUCAAGAUUAUGUAUUGCGUUCAUCAAAUCAUCAACAAAUACCGAUAAUAGAAGACGAAUUAACACAAAAGUAUUUUUUAACCUAUUCAUUACUCGCUAAAAUGACAAAAAGUGCAUAUCGUUUUACAAAAAUUGCACAUCCUGACUGUUAUGGUGCACAAUCAAAUCCAAAAUGUGAAAUAAUGCAAAAAUUGGAUGUCAAAGGGACUAAAACAUCUUUGUUAGGUGAUAUAAGACGAAUAUUAUAUUCUCCAACGAUAAUAAAUCGAACAGUUUAUGAUUUGGAUGCAUUAUUAGUCAACAGUAGCAAUACACAAAUGUCACAAACCAAUAUAUUACAAAAUGAUGAUAAACGACAAUGUCAAAUGCCGAGAACGAGUGAUCACUUACAUUUUGAUUCACAAUUUGAAUGUGGAAAUUUAAGAAAAGCCAUACAAAUCACUGACGACGAAUAUGAUUUAAUAUUGCGUCCAGAUAUCAAUACGUUUCAUAAUCAUCAAUGGUUCUAUUUUGAAGUGUCAAAUAUGAGAAAAGAUGCAACAUAUCGAUUUAAUAUAAUUAACUUUGAAAAAUCAAAUAGUCAAUUUAACUCUGGAAUGCAACCGGUAAUGUACUCUGUUCGUGAAGCUUUAGAAAAUCGUCCCUAUUGGAAAAGAGUAGGAGAUCGAAUAUCAUACUACAAAAAUACAUAUGGAAAAAAGAAAAAAAUUUGUUAUACGUUAACAAUGUUAAUUAAAUUUCAAUAUGAAAAUGAUGUUUGUUAUAUUGCUUAUCAUUAUCCUUAUACAUAUACUACACUAAUGACAAAUCUAGUCAAUUGGUCAAAUACUUUUGAUCGAUCAAAAGUUUAUUUUCGACAACAAACAUUAUGUAAAACAUUAUCAGGAAAUGAUUGUCCAAUAUUAACGAUAACAAAUUUAUAUAAUGCAACAAACAAUGGAAAUGAUAAACAACAACAAAUACCUAUUCACGAACGUUCUUAUGUUAUAUUGACAUCUCGCGUACAUCCUGGUGAAUCCAAUGCAAGUUGGAUAAUGAAAGGUAUAACUGAUUAUUUAUUGAGUGACGAAGUGACUGCUCGACAAUUACGAGAUCGUUUUGUAUUCAAAUUAUUUCCAAAACUUUUUCAAGGUACACCGGGAUUUUCUCAUUCUAACUGCAUGUUUACAAUGCGUAAAACAAAAGAAGGAUGUGCAAGAAUUGUUAUGUGGGAUGAAUUUAAAAUUGAUUUAAGUUAUACAAUGGAAACAACUUACAAUGGUUUCGAUCAAGGUAUCUAUAAGGGAUUACAAAUUCAAACAUCAACACUUCAACUAAUUGGUCGAGAUUUUUGUACAGUAUUAUGGAAAUUAUCUGAGCAAGAAAUGAAACCAUUUGAUGUCACUCCAAUCGAUGAUCUCUUUUUCUUAAGCGAAUGUUUCAUACAAGAUACUUCUACACCACCGACAAAGUCAAAGAGAUCGUCUAAUGGUCUUCACACAAAUUCACAAAAGUCAUCGACAUUAACAACAUGUAGCAAGAGUAGUAGUCGAAGCAGUAGUCGAAGUUCAUCAUCUAGUUCACUUGAUUCCAUCAAUGAGAGCUAA